GCUUUACGCAACCUCCUUGCUUCAACUCUACUUCGUAUCCCUCCUUUAAACCCUGAUUUUCACCUUUUCCUUUCUUUCUCAGCUUAAGCCUUUGUAUUUGAAAAAGGUUUUAUAAUAACAAAAGAACAGAAAGUCCAAAGAGAAAGAGUUGGAAAGUACAAGCUAAAGCUUGAGCCUAAAAGGACGAAUACGCAUCACAAGACCUCACGAGACAUGCCCUUUCGAUGACCAACACCUCUCCCACGCUGCGAUAAAUCUUACCUUCAACAACAACUUCACCACAACCACCCUCGAACAAAGAAACCGCAGAGAACUCAGGAUGCCACGUCGUCGCAAACCUCCGCGCGCAGGCGCACUCGCAGAGCUAGCGCCACUCAAGAUCGCAGGCCAAAUCGCGACGCUACAGGCCAUUUACUACUUCGCGGCGCUGGUCCUCAUCAUCUUCACGGCACUCGUGUCGGGAACUGGUUUUAGCUGGACGCUUGUAUUCGGCUGGGAGGGCUUGAGAGGAGAUACAACACACGGGUGGCUCAUGUCUUUUAUCUUCUUGUUGGAUGGAGGCUUGAUUAUCUCCAUCGCAAUAGUCGCCCUCAUCGCUCGCUCCAAACUCGUACCCGAUUUCGCCAUAACCGUCCAUUUCGUCCAUCUCAUCAUCGCAUCCCUUUACAGCGGCCACAUCCCUCGACACGGAGGCUGGUGGUUCACCAUGAUAGCAUCAGCCGCCAUCUCAGUCAGCCUGGGCAUCUGGGGCUGUCAAUACCGCGAACUACAGCCCGUCUUCUUCGGCGGACGUCCGAUUCUCCCUGUCGUGGGCCCUGCAUCGGUUGAUGGCUCCACGACGACGCAACCUUCUACUGCUGAUGAGGAGAUGGCCAUCCCUGCAAGGGGUAGAGGCAGAGAUGUUGGUGGAGAGUAUGAAAUGGAGCCUAUGCUACCUGUAAGAUGAGCCUGAUGGGACCUGUUGGAUAUGUUUGAAUAGACUUGCAUUGCUUGGCGUUUGGGCGCUCUUCACACGUUUUAUGUACGUCAAUAUGGAAGAGCUCACUCUUGAAAACAUGUUUCAAGGUCAUAACUACCUCAGCUGAGAUCAGUCGAGGUAACU